UUGAUAUUGGUACUGAUUCUAUAGUAAACUGUUCAGCUCUGCUUUCUGAUGUUUUGUAUAAAUACGACGGUUUAACGUAUAGCGUAUUUAACAGGUAUUCUUUUUUCUAUACCGCUAUUAAAAGCACGACGACUCUCUUGCCACGCUGCCAGUGAAAGAAAAAGGCGCUGUGACUUUAACUGCAGCUGGUCUGACAAUUUUUUCGGUGCUCUGGAAUGUGUAAUGCUCAGUCGUGCUCUCAAACUUGGGCUGAAACGAAGUGCGGGUCGUUGUCUUUAACUUUUUUAAACGUGGAAAACAUCAUAAUAAAAACAAAGUAACAAGAGAAAUACAAAUACCUAGACUAACGUAACGAUGUUGGACAAUGAAGCAUUUGGGUCUUUCGUCUUUUACAGCACUCUUCUGAUAAUCAAAAUGUACAUUGUGGCUAUUAUCACGGGGCAAGUGAGACUUCGAAAAAAGGCUUUCGCUAAUCCGGAGGAUGCAAUGAGGCACGGUGGCAUAACGUUCGCUAGAGAAGAUCCUGAUGUGGAGAGAUGCAGAAGGGCCCACCACAACGACAUGGAGAACAUAUUCCCCUUCCUGUUCCUGGGUGCGGUUUAUUCCAUGACUGAGCCAACCCUGCUGAUAGCCCGGACCCACUUCCUGGUGUUCUUCCUGGGCAGGGUGGUCCACACUGUCGCCUACCUGCUGGCCCUGAAGGCACCAACCCGCUCCCUGGCUUACAUCAUAGCCCAGGUGCCCUGCUUCUCCAUGGCUGUGCAGGUCCUUAUUGCCGUGGCAUCUUACCGGUGAACAAACAUCUAAACACUGUUCUAAAUCCCAGCAAUCGCUAGUACCAGUUGUUGGCAGGAGCUGUUGAGAUGAUAAUGCCAGUGAUACUGGCACAUCUCUAAAUGGUUGACUUGACCAGCAUUUUCAACAGAGAAUAAUGAGGAACAUUGUAAACCAGAACCUGCUUAUCAAGAGCUUAUACUGGAGGCCAAGUAAAAACAACCCUACGCUGACUCCCAGGAUAAUGUGUUGAAUUUAUAUUUACAUGAAGGCUAUCAUUUUUCAUUUACAAAUUGUAUACUAAUAAUAUAGUUGCAUCACAGUAUUAUUAUUAUUAUUAUUAUUAUUAUUAUUAUUAUUAUUAUUAUUAUAUAUUUGUCACCAGUACCAAUACUUCUUGGG